AUGAGUGAUCCAUGGAUUGCGAUAGAGGAUUUUAAUUGUGUCCUCAAUAAGGAGGAAAGAUUUGGGGCAGCAAUGAGAGAUGCUGAAAUGGAGGAUUUUCGUAGGUGUGUUACAAAGUGUGGUAUGGAGGAUAUAAAAUCUAGUGGAUAUUUUUUCACAUGGAAUAAUAAGCAACAAGAGUUGGAUAGAGUGUACUGCAAGUUGGAUAGGGUGAUGGGUAAUGCAGGAUGGAUGGAUUUGUUCCCAACUGCUGAAGCUUAUUUUAUGCAUGAGGGUCUCUUUGAUCGCUCUCCAAUUUCGGUUAGAGUGUACCCUGAGGUGAAUCAGGGUAAAUGUCCAUUUAGGUAUUUCAAUAUAUGGAGUAAGAAUCCAAGGUUCUUGGAAAUUGUGUCUGAAAGCUGGAAUACAGAGGUUACUGGUUCAACAAUGUUCAGGGUGGUUAGAAGAAUGAAGAGUGUGAAAGAGGCUCUAAAGAAGCUAAAUAGGGAGGGCUUCUCUAAUAUUCAUGUAGCUAAAUCCUUGGCAAGAGAGAGGCUCAACCAGGUUCAGAAAAGAGUGCAUAAUGGUGAGAGGGAGGCAAUUGAUGCAGAAAUCCAAGCUGCUGUAGACUACAGAAGAAGCAAUAAAAAGAGGAAAAUUAAGAGUAAUGUGUAUGGCAUAAGAGCUAUUGAUGGUACAUGGGCAGAUUCACCAAAUGGUGUAAAGGAGGCUUUCCUGAAUUAUUAUAAAGGGUUGUUGGGCACUGCAGGAGAAGUGAAGGGCCAAAUUUAUGAAGAUGUAAUUGGUCAGGGGCCUGUACUUACUGAUGAGCAACAGAGAGAACUACUAGAGCCUUUCACAGGCAAGAUGCGAAAUUGA